CAAAACUGCGAUUUGGGUUCUCACCUGUCGUCUCGUCUUUCACUGUGGGACGAAGACGCCAUUCUUGAUUUCUGGAUGACGAGGACCCAUCGCCUCGCCCAAGUCCUUCGCAAUGUGUCGUUCAACCAAACGAUGAUCCGUGUGAAGGACCCGCAGAAGAGCCUGGCGUUCUACGAGAGGCAUUUCCAACUGACGCUUGCCCAUCAAGCCCAUUUUUCCGACUUUAGCUUGUACUUCUUGGUGUCCUUGCCAACGUCCCAACUUCCUGACAACCUCAAGAAUGCGUCGUAUAUCAAUGCAGGUGAGUAUGGUUGCACUCUAGAACUUACACACAACCACGGCACGGAGUCGAACCCUUCGUUUGCGUAUCACUCUGGCAACACGCCCCCGGUCGGGUUUUGUCAACUCGGAUUUGCUGUGCCGUCUGGCGGCUUGCCUUCCAUGAAAUCGUCUCUUGAAUCGCACGGACACAGCGUGGAUGCUUUCGACAAGACUCUGAUCACGCACGACCCCGAUGGGUACGAGAUCCAAGUGGCAGAACGCUGCACCAACGCCGACAAGGAUGCCAAGGUGUCGUGGCACCACACAACGUUGCGAGUGAAGGACCCCGAAGCAAGCUUGGCCUUUUACCAGCAAAUGAUUGGGUUCUCGCUCUUGAGCACCCAGCGCAACGAGAAAGACAAGUUCACGUCGUACUUUUUGGGCACCACGACCUCGGACAAGCUUUCGGACGAACGACUCCAGAAUCAGUUGGGGACGGUGGUGGAACUACGUCACUUUGACGGAACCGAGUCCCUGGGCGACGAUUUCAAGUACAACAAUGGGAACGUGGAGCCCCAUCGUGGCUUUGGCCACUUGGCCAUCAUGGUCGACGACGUGUAUGAGUCGUGUGCAGUGUGGGACGAAUUGGGCGUUAAGUUUCAGAAGAAGCCUGACGACGGCCGCAUGAAGGGCCUUGCGUUCAUCUUGGACCCCGAUGGGUACUGGAUCGAGGUCAUCCGUCGGCGCGGUCGUGUCGAAGGGCUCUAAACAUGCCCGGAAUGGUCGAUCUACAAUUGAGUUGUCCAUAUUUUCGGCACAAUGAAUGUCCAGUUGAUCGUCA